AUGGGUUCGCUCGGCUACAGCCGGGAAAGGGGCAGACCUGGUGGUGGGAGUGGAGAGUCUGACACCAGAGCGUCCCACCACGGUGGAGAGGUCUUGCCCUCCUCCGAUGGAGAAGUUGGUAGGGUUUCUGAGGGUGGUACGGGAGGUGGUGAGCAUGAUAGUGAUACGAGUGAUAGUGCGUGUUCAUGUGAGAGUUGUGAUGCGUAUCGCGAGCGGAAGGAUAGGUUGCGGCCUGCAAUGGCGGAGUAUAAACGGAUUGAGCGUGAUGACAGUGGUGAAGAGGCAUGGGAAAAUGGUUGGCUCACUGAACGGUUUGGUAAGUACGGAAUUAUCGACUUGGCGGCGGAUACUCAGAGCAAGUUGGCUGAGUAUCAGGCCUGGCUUGCCGAGAUUAAGGGCGUCAUGUGGGAGAGUCUAUCCAAUUAUGACGGCCGUCGUUUGUGGAGCGAAUUUGUGGAACGGUACAACACCGCUACCAUGCCCAGCAAGCGAUACUAUGAACUUGGCAACGCGCCUAAACCCGUCCAGCUAGCUGCAACCGACCACAUAAUUCUUGCCGACGAAAAAGUCCGCCGGCAAGAACUCAAGCAGGCACGGGAACAGGAGCAAAAAAUGGAGGUCAAACGAGCCUUAGAACAAAUGAAGCAAGAUAGAGUAAUAGCCGAGGAAAUGCAAAAACAAAGAGAUCUUAAAACCAAACUAAGGUUCCUGUUCAACACCGGAGAUGUAGACGAAGCACGAGAACUCGCAGCCACUCUAAGACCCACAAAUAAUCCACCUCCACCACCUGACGAUCUAGAGAGCAUCUAA